AAUGGUGAUGCAGCAGGAAGUUGCAGGGUGGGGAAAGAAAGAAACAGAAAAGGGAGAAGGGCAUUAGAGGGGCAGAAUACGUAUCAAGACGCAUGGGCAGACGCUUCCACCGUCCUUCAGCUCAGCUUUACAGAUCACCAUGACCGUUUCCAGUGGCAUCCCUGCUUUAUUCCAACAGCCAAUCCCUUUCCACGAUGGCUGGAACAUUGCCUGCUUUGUAAUCCUCCUCCUUUUCAUAGUCACUGUGCUCUCCCUGGCUACCCUAGCUUUCCUCUAUGAGCUGCUAGACUGCAGCUGCUUCAGCAAGACCAAGACUGUGUGCAACCGACGCAGUACCAGUGAUGAAAUUGUAUAGCCUUAUCGUGGGCAUGGAAACCAGUCCCGUACCAUGGAAACAAGCGAUGCAGGAAAGUGCAAUUAUGAAAGAUGGACACCGAACACGAUUUGGACGGAUGAGGACUCAGAAAACAGUAUCGGCAAAAACUAAAGAAAUUUGUACCUUUCAAUGCGUAAUUCUGAGAAAGAAAAAAAAGGAACACAAUGAAUAAACACUGACUAUAUAAUAUUAUUGUAAAUAAAAGCGGUACUAUCAAAACGGGAAGCAGUGACUAAGCAUGGUUUAGUGACAUUUGGCCGUCAGCCAACAUAGCUGUUAACACCAAGGCCAUACCAAUCAAAUUAAGAUAUAAAGAUUCAUAUUCUGGUAUACAGAGAGGUCUAUGAAGAAAAUGUCAAAAACAAGGGUUUCAUUGUCUAGUCCAGGGGUGCCCAAUAUGUAGAUCGCGAUCUACCGGUCGAUCAGUGUGGGUAGAUCGCAUGACGUAAAAAAAUAGAUACUUAUUUAUGCAUUUUUAUAGUAGGUAGAUCAUUUUAACUUGGUCAUUUUAUAAGUAGCUUGCAUGCUGAAAAAGUGUGUGCACCCCUGGUCUAGUCCAUUAUUACAUUUAUUAGUCACUGCUGUGGGAGUAUCGAUUAAGGUGGGCAGGGGAAACAGAAGGCAAUAUGUGUGACCAUUAGAAUAGCGAUCAGCAAUUUCAUUCAACUGCAAGAUUUUUCCUGGUAAAGAACAUUUUUUCCCUCUUACUUUAAUGUUAUCAAUUUCACCUCGUUAAAUAUUAAUUGCAGGUGUGCACAAGACAGCACCCCACCACACAAGCACAGGAUUGCCUGCUCCUGCAUUUAUUUUGGUGGCCAUAUACUAAUAAUACAUAUGUAACUCAGCCAUUAGGGUUGCACAAGCCAGAGCAUUCUUAGUGCCAAUAUGCGGAUCAUAAACCCAAAUUCCGGUCAAGGCCCCGGUUACCAACAACCACCACUGGUAUUGUUAGCCAACAGGGUACUGAUGGGAAUUAGGCUACUGCUGGCCAAAGGAGGAAAAGCAGAAGUGGAGAAGAGGGGAGGUUUGGGUGGGCACUUUAAAGGUUUGUAUGAUUACUAUGGUUACUAUGAUUGGUAAAGGUAGAGAGGUAGCUGAUAUGAUUGAGAAAAGAAAGGUAGAUAUGUUGUGUGUUCAGAAGCUUAAGUGGAAAGGGAGUAAGGCUGGGAAUAUUGGAGGUGCGUUUAAAUUUUCCUAUCAUGGUGUGAAAGAAAAGACAAAUGGUGUAUAAAUAAUCCUGAAGGAAGAGUACAGUAAGAGUUAAGUGGAGAGUUUCUGAUGAAGUUAAAGAAAAAGAGGAGAAGAGUGAGAAGUAAAAGAAAAAUAAAAUGAUGGAAACUGAAAGAGGAAGAAUGUAAUGUGAGAUUCAGGGAAGUUACGUGUGGCAGAGAAGUAUGUAAAG